AUGAUUAGCCAACAGCUAGCACAACUGGUGGAGGCAUUGCACCAACAGAAGGAGGAGACCAGGGAGCACCAGGCUGCUUUUGAGGCCAGGCUAUCCCAACAACAACAGGACAUCAACCAGUCUAGUGUCUCCAUCCAUGGCUUGGUCCACACAUUGAUGGACCAAACCAACAAGCAACUUGGCCUCAUGGGUAUUGGAGGGAUCAGUCCUAUUCCUUCCAAUGCAUCCUCUUCAUUGGAUCACCAUCCUAAUGGUUUACUGCCCAUGAGACAAGGUGUGGAAGGGACCACUGGUUCUAUAGCACAGUCCCAAGGCAGUUCAGAACCAGUUGGUUUGGAUUCAGGAUUGAUGAGUGAUGUUGAGGACCAUCUUGGUCCAUCCCCUCAGCCCCAAGUGGAUAUAGAUGUUGCCAUCCCACCUUGUGGAGAUGAAGUCAUUGACCAUUUGAGGGCCCUCAAGGAGGAGGAUAAGACUACAAAGACUACCUCAACCCAACCAACACCAACACAUGGCAGCAGUCUACCUUCAACAUUCUCCCUGCCUUACACGCCAUCCAACCACGCACCAGCUCGACCUGCUCAACCUGUUAGCAGUACAGCCAUCUUCCAAUACCCCAAACGGUACCACAGAUCUGGAGACAACAACCGGUUCUACAGACAGCCAGACCUCAUCUUUCCAGAGGCAUUGCCCCACAGGCAGGAAACACACUACUCAGGAAGGUGGAUCAUCAACCCUGACAUGCGGAAGGUAUGGGUCCGCUAUGAUAGGGCAUUGAGUGCUGAUGAACUCCCUGCCAAUGUGCCAACCAACCCUGCACAUUGGGUCAACAGAAGGUAUCCUGACGGUUUAUUCUUCACUGACCAAGGGGAGUGGAUCAUCUCUGAUGUAAGGGAUAGGUUCUUCAACCAUGAUCAGCCACCUACCCACACACCAGUCACCACAGGCCUCACUCCCACCACAGCCUACACUUCACCUGGAUACCAGACCGUGCCCAUGGAGGAGCCAUCCAAGCAGGUAGACAGUGAUAUUGUAAGGCCCAGGUCCAAACCAUCCCUCUUCUCCAAUCUAGAAGGGACAUCUCCCAUGGACAAGGUAACUCAAGGCAGGAUUCCAGACAGAUUUGGUGAUCCUGGAGACCCUGGUGGCUCAGGGUACCAUGGUGGUGAUGGCAACCACAGAGGCUUUAGCAGAAAGGGCAGGUAUGGUGGUCCCCCAGGAGGAGGACCCCCUGGAGACCCUUGGGAUCCUGAUGGUGGUGGUGACCCUCCUGCUGGCCCUGGAGGAGGUGGAGGAGGAGACGGCCCCAGACGCAAGUUGUUCCAUGCCAAGCCAGAUGCCAAUGCGUACCCCACCCUCAAGUCCAACAAGGACUUCGACCAAUGGUACACUGGAGUCCGUGGAGACACUCAACUGGCUCACCUGGGUCAGUACUCCACAACCAAGGGCUCUGCAGUGGAGUUCAUCAUCCACUACGAUGAGGUUCUCACACGAUACAACGACUCCAAGACCAACGAGCAGGAUAAACUCAGUGAUAGUAUCCAAAAACUGUUCCUACAACAGGCAUUCAUCGACAUCAAGGUUCUCAAUGACAUCAGCGCCAGAGAGCAGGAAAACAUGUGCAGCAAUGGUGCACACAUGUCUUACUCGUAUGAGAAAUACAAGGAGGUACUGACCAACGCUGCUACCAGGUUUGAUGUCAAUCACAAGCUUCUAGUACCCACCGGCAGAUCCUGCAGGGCCAACAUGGCUGUGAUCGACGAGUCUGAAGACGACGCCGGGCAACCUGAUGGCAUGGAUACGAUGGAUGACCUCACUCAUCUCCAAGCCUUUGCGGCCAUCAGGGACCCCUCUGUCGGACUCCCAGACCAACAUUGGACCCAACAUUCUAGUACGGGCAAGAAGAACUGGCAUCAAUUUGAUGACCACGACAAGAAGGUACUGAUGGAAUCCAAGCCACCAGCACCCACCAGCCACCAAGUCAACGUUGCCAAUAGCAUGACAGACCCAGAUAGUGAAGCUGACCCUGCAGUCGGGGACACACCUGGACCAUCCUUGGACGUCAAUCAGACAGAUAUGACACCUUCAGUUGGCAAACCUGUGGCUUCCCCAUCCCAUUCAGCAUCCCAGGCAAAGGCAAAUGACAAACACCCUGGGGAUGUCCGACGAAUGAUGUCAAACACCACAGGCAAACGGCAGGGUUACACCGUCUCAUUCAGCCCUGAUACCGGUUCUGACCCACCAUCUGCCUUUACCAAGGCCACGGGUGAUGACAUUGACACCAAGUUACAGGCCUACUGGUCCUCUAGUCGGAGCCACAUACCUCUCAUGUGGCGAGCACUCAUGGAUCGAGGAGCCAAUGGCUGCAUCCUUGGCAAGGAUGUCAGGGUUAUCCACCGCUACGGUCAAUUCAUUGAUCUCAGUGGCAUCGAUGACCAUACAGUUCAGAACCUCCAGCUUGCCACGGCAGCUGCUUACAUCCUUACAGACCAUGGUCCCAUCAUUGGUCUGAUACACCAGGGGGCUGCCAUGUCCAAUGGCAAAACCAUUCUCUCCCCAGGUCAGUUGGAGCACUUCGGGUGCCGUGUUCAUGACAAGGCCCUGACUGUCACCGGGCUUGACCCUUACUUUGUGACCCCCAAUGGUUUCAGGGUGCCCAUGGCCAUCAAGUCUGGGCUACCCUAUGUCCAACUACGGCCACCUACUGACCAGGAGCUCAGUGACAGUAGUAUUCCCCAUGUGGACCUCACCAGCCCUCAUGCCUGGGAUCCCUCCUGUCUUGACUCUGUCCCUGCGGAUGACUGGUUCACUCAGCAGGACAACACCCUUUACGAUGAUGGGGAGUUCCCACUGGACCCUCUUGGACGACUUAGAGCAUUCGACGAUGACUUCAUCGACCACUCUGACCGCCAGAACCAGUCCAUUGAUCGUCGUGGCAUUGUGGAAGCCAUGGCACACAUCAUAUCCGACGAGAUUGACCUUCCCCCUCUCCUGGAGCGGGAAUCCCACGGUUAUGACUCCGACUCCUCGGAUGACAGUGAUGGUUAUGCUUCUGAUCCUGAUCCUAUAUGGCAAUGCCAUGUGCAGACUCGGGCCCAACGCCGCCGACGGCACUCCCCCCCGUCCACCCCUUUGGCAGCUCCUUUGUCAUCAGGUGCUGGGGAGGAUUGUUCAGGACCACCUUCAACACAAGCUAGGCCAAAGGUUGAGACUGUAUCAGACGACGAGGACAUGGAACCACUUCGGUCCAACAACAAGGCCAAACACCACACCGGUCUUGAGUUCCCACCCAAGUCCAAAAAGAUCAAGACUCAGAGCCCCGCCAAACUCAGGAGGUUCUUCCCAGGAGUUACCGAUGAGACUAUCAAGCGAACCCUCGAUGCUACCACUCAGUAUGGAACCAAGGGCGCCACCCAGGGAAGGACACUGAGAGGUCAGAUCGUGUCUCCCAACCCCAUCCUGAAUAUCCCAAGAUGCCACGAAGAUGUAGCCACAGAUACAAUCUACAGCAGCACACCAGCUGUUGAUGAUGGGUCCACUGCAGCCCAACUUUUCAUUGGCAGGACUUCCCACUACAGGACACUUCGCCCCGCUGGGAGCUCCGAUGCCAGUUACAUCAGGAAUCUGAUGGAUGAAAUCAGAAAGCUUGGUGCCAUGAACAGGAUACGGUCCGACAAUUGCUAA